AUGGCGAAUUCAUCAACCAGUAAUAAUGACAGUAGUAGUAGUAAUUUCCACGGAGACUGCUACUAUACCUCUGACUAUGGCGUUGUCAGUCACAACGUCAGCGCCAGCUGCUAUGCCGUAGAUGCCCGCACUACGGCUCUCCAGGGCUUCCACUACUCCACUACGGGGGCCGGCGGGGUCGAUUGUGUCCCUGAACAAGAGACUGAUUGUGCGCAGGGAAUACCAUCUCCUCCGCAGAGUCCCCCCCUCGCCGCCAGACACACGUACGCCGCCAACAAGAAUGCCAUGAUUCAGGGUAGCGGACGGGCGCGCAGAGGGGGGGCUGCAUACACCAUUACGGAAGAGUGUGAGAGACUCUUCUGCGAGACACUGCGAGCUGUAUUUCUGGGUGAGGGAAACGCAGCGCGCCAGGACUCGCUUGUAUCGGGUAUGCAUAUCAUCGACGACGUUCCGAUUCCGAACGAUAUCUCCGACUAUGGUGUCCAUGUGAGACGAUAUCCGGAAAAGUUGGAUCAGUUACCGCCGAGUCCGGAAAUGGAUGCCGGCGGACUGGGAGAAGGGUGUGGGAUUGGUGCUGUGAGGACGUGGCUUGAGAUGUGGGAUUAUGUGGGUGGGAAUAAGUUCAGGGGUUUCGUUGCUGAGAAGAAUGGUGAGAGGGCGAUGUUCGUCUUCUUUGAUCAGUCUGUCAUUGCCGGCGAUCUCAAGGCCGGGUUGAUGGCUCUUCUCGAACUCUGUGACAACCCCUACUUCUCCUGCUCCCGCCUUGUCGCAUGUCUGGAUCGCCGCACCAAUCCACUUCUCAUGGAGGCGCGAGCCAAGGACCUUGGCUGGAUUGGUUUCCAGCUAACGACCCUUGAGGAGUUCGGCGGUGGGGACGAGAUCACCAGUACUCGCUGGUUGUUCAUGGAUAUGGAAGUGUGA